CACUCCCCACCCCGCACCUACGUCUCGAGACCUCUCCCCGCCUCGCUCCCCUCCUUCCUGAUCCAUGAUCCCAGACUCCCCCUAAGAUGCUAAGACAAGGCCCCUUCCUUCUCCUGGCUGCGUCCAUGUCGUAUUUCAACCCAGAGAAAGCUUUGGCAGCGCCUUCGGAAAACGAUGGUUUGUCCCAAGGCCGGGCUCCCCUGGCCCCUCCCUAUGCUGUGGUCCUGAUCUCCUGCUCAGGUUUGCUGGCCUUUAUCUUCCUCCUCCUCACCUGCCUGUGCUGCAAGCGGGGCGAUGUGGGGUUCAAGGAAUUUGAGAACCCUGAUGGAGAAGAAUAUUCUGGAGAAUACACACCACCUGCAGAGGAGACGUCCUCCUCUCAGUCUAUCCCGGAUGUCUACAUUCUGCCUCUCUCAGAGGUCUCGCUCCCGUCCUCCAACCAGCAGAUGCCCAAAACAGAUCUAGUUAAACACCUGGGACUCAGCAGACAACACCUCAGUUAUUUGCAGGAGAUUGGAAAUGGCUGGUUUGGAAAGGUAAUCCUGGGUGAAAUAUUCUCAGAUUUCACCCCUGCACAAGUGGUAGUGAAGGAGCUACGGGUGAAUGCUGGUUCACUGGAGCAGAGGAAAUUCCUGUCAGAGGCCCAACCAUAUCGAAGUCUCCAGCAUCCAAACAUAUUGCAAUGCCUCGGCCUGUGCACAGAGACCAUCCCUUUCCUGCUCAUCAUGGAAUUCUGCCAGCUGGGAGAUCUGAAACGUUACCUUCGAGCUCAGCGCAAAGCAGACGGGAUGACCCCUGACCUGCUGACCCGUGACCUCAGCACACUACAGCGCAUGGCCUAUGAGAUCACUCUGGGAGUGCUGCAUUUGCAUAAAAACAACUACAUCCACAGUGAUCUGGCCCUUCGGAACUGCUUGCUGACCUCUGACCUCACAGUGCGUGUUGGAGACUACGGCCUGUCGCACAACAACUACAAGGAAGACUAUUACAUCACUCCAGACCGGCUCUGGAUCCCUUUGCGUUGGGUUGCCCCAGAACUGUUGGAUGAGAUGCACGGAAGCCUCAUCGUGGUGGAUCAAACCAAGCAGAGCAAUGUCUGGUCUAUGGGGGUGACCAUCUGGGAGCUUUUUGAGUUUGGCUCCCAGCCUUACCGUCACCUCUCUGACGAGGAAGUGCUGACCUUUGUCGUCAAGGAGCAGCAGAUGAAACUGGCCAAGCCACGCCUUAAACUUCCUUACUCUGACUAUUGGUAUGAGGUCAUGCAGUCCUGCUGGCUCCCGGCUUCCCAUCGCCCAACCAUGGAAGAGCUGCACUUGCAGGUGAGCUACCUGUUGAAUGAGCGCUCCAACGCUCAGGCGGAGGAGAGCUUCGAGUGGCGCUGGAGCGCUCUGAAACCCAAGCGCUCCUCUUCACCGCCCCCGGCCUCCUCUUCUUCCUCGACAUGCCAUCGCCGCCCCUCGGGAGAGAUCUCGGCCUAUCCAUUGCUGGACGGGUUCCACGGCAGCGACAUGGACGACAUCCUGACGGUGACAGAGAGCAGUGGGGGGCUGAACUUUGAGUACAUGUGGGAGAAGGCCCGCCUGGGGCGGUGGAAGGGCCCUGCCUCGGCACCACCUGACUACCCCUCCAGCAACGGCGGGCUGGCUGUGCCGGGCAGCAAUCCUUUCUACGAACAGGCAACGCAGCGUGGGCACAGCCUGGAGACACCCAGCGUCGUGCCCGUCAUCAGCGCCCGCAGCCCCUCAGUCAGUAGUGAGUAUUACAUCCGCCUGGAGGACCAUGGCAGCUGCGAGGGGCCCGUCUGCGCCCCCAGCCCUGGAUCCCCACCCCAGCCUCUCUUUCCCUCGGAUUGGGACUCCCACGGCGCCCCCUACCGGCCGCAGGAGCAGCCCAGCACCAACCCCUUCUUGGCCGGGGGCGACGGGGACAGCAACCCCUUCCGCGUAGACGGCGAGAUCCAGGAGACGUCCCUGACUGAGACCCCGACGUCGGGGGGAGAGGCGUUCCUAGCAGAGUCCCUGCUCACAGUGUACCGCGAGCUGGAGGACCAGCAUCGCAGCUGGGAUGCUGAGAUGAUGGAGGAAAGAGGGGCAGGGGAGACGCUGGCCGGGGACCCCUCGGAGUUCCAGGGUUCACCCUCGUGGGAACAGGAGCCGUCGCUGAUGGAGGACCAGAGCUCUGGCAGCAGCACCGAUGGGGGCGGGAGCAGCAUCGGGGGCGGGCGCCACAACCUCCUGGCGUGCCCGCUGUGCACCCGGGCACGUUGCACGUGCGCCAUCCCUCGGGGGGACAUGGUGAGCGGCUGGAGCAACCACGGGCCGCCCCUGCGGCGCCCUCACCACGACAGCUAUGGCACGGAGGACGACUCCUCGCUAAAAGUGGAGCGGGGCUCCCUUUCUGACUGUCCAAUGCUGCCCCCUAGAGACUGCAAUGGGGAUGGCGGGGAGCGCAGAGAAUUCUACGACCCGCUGAUGGGCACAGCGGUGAAGACCUAUGAGCUCCAAGAUUACCCGAAGCAGAGAGGCGGGGGGAGCGCUCGCCCACCUGGGUCGCCCUUCCCAGCCCUGCCGUCUGGCUGCUGCAAUGUGAUUGUUCCGGUGGAGAUACCGCCGUUGUCCACCCUAGCCGAAAGUAACGAUGAGGAGACCAUCGCAAUCCUCCCGGAAGUCAUCGAUGGAUUCGCCACUGGCCCAGUGACCUUAAGCCUCUCCCCCGCGGUACCAGAUCGGCAACGGGGAACCCUAGACUCAGUGGAUUCCUUGGACAUUCCUUCCAACACCAGCUCCUCGGAUGUCUGCAGCCCAGCAUCCCACUACUCCUCUCCAGGGCAAAAGUUUGGUGACAGCGGCUACGAAACAGAGAGCACUUUCUCACCCGAGUUCAUCUUCAAGGAGGAACCGCCACCGCCACCUUCUGGAGAAGAGGAAGAAACAGAGGCAGAAGAAGAUUCCGGCAAACUCCCAACACCAUCCAUCUCCCAGUCCACUAGUGAUCUUACCUUGUCAGUAAGUGAGGAAGGGGCGGAGCUAGAGGAGGAAAUAGGGAGGAGCCUGGGGCUAGCAACACCUCACCGGGACUCAGCUUACUUCUCUGACGGGGAGGGAGAACCGGCUGAGGCACCAGCUGCUGCUGGGCCUGAGAUCAGGAAGCCCACAGAGAAGGUGACGGUAGACGGAGGCUUUGUGGUCCAAGUGUGCAAGGAGCAGCUGUUGGUCACACUGCAAGAGAAUGUCACACGCAACCUACUCUGUAGUCAGAGUAGGCUGCCGACUCUGAGGCUUUCUCCAGCAGCUCCCUUGAAGGAGCAGGCUGUUCUCAGGCUAUGGACCUUAGGGCCAGAGGACGGGAAGAAGACGGAGGAGGAAGAGGCGAAGAAAAGACACAAUGGAGAUGCAACGGGCUCCCAGUGGCCAGAAGGUGUGGAAGAUAAAGUGGAGGAGGAGGAGGAGGAGGAGGAGGAGGAGGAGGAGGAGGAGGAGGAGGAGGAGGAGGAGGAGGAGGAGGAGGAGGAGGAGGAGGAGGAGGAGAGGCAGCAGCAACAAGAAGAGGAAAGAGGAGAUUCUGAAAAGAUGCCGUCAGAGCUGGAGGAGGAGGAGGAGAAAAGGAACGAAGGGGAGAUGCCAAGCCAGAAGGAGACCCAAAGUGUAGCAGUGCCCAUCGUGGUCGAAACACAGGAUACUGCCCAAGAAGACAGAUAUGUAGCAGCUGAGCAGCCCAAAAAGGAUCAGGAACCUGGCGUCCCUGCGAACCAAGCCAGUGAGGAUAUCAAAGCCAAGCUCUCCCGCUUAUCUCUGUCGCUUCCCCCUCUGGCCUUGCAGACGUUCCCCCCACUUGGCGGGGGAAGGAAAGGGCCAUUCUGGGAAGGAGCGGCUUUGGGGGAGGGUCCAGCGCUGGGAGGGAGAGAGGCUGCCAUAGCAGCAGAGGAUGAGGAGGAAGAUGAUGCUGAAGAGGAAGAGGAAGGAGGCCUGGCUGGAGGCGGAGGGCAGGGUGUCCCCAUUGUGGUGAGCGAAAGCGAUGACGCCCGUAACUUGCGUGGCCUCCUCAAGUCACCACGCUCUGCUGAGGAGGCGGCUGCUGAGCUUGACCGUAAGCGGAAGAUGGUCUCCUUCUUUGACGAUGUCACCGUUUACCUCUUUGAUCAGGAGACACCAACCAAUGAGCUGAGUUCCCAGGGAGCUCCAGAUGGUGAUUCCCCCUCCCCUGGUUCAAUGGCAGAACCAGGGCUUGAUGCCUUCCCUUCUGCUGAUGGCUUCAGUGGCAGCUUUGAGUGGGAUGAUGACUUCCCCCUGAUGGCUCAGAACCCGUCCUAUGUCUCCAUGGUGCCCGACCCCAACACAGCCAAGCCCCACCCGGUCAUGUCAUCGCCUGUGCCCAUGGCCCCUGCCUUGCUGCCAGCAGCCAAGCGGGCUGAGUCCGGCCUUGUGGAUGCCCUGAGGUUCUCUCGCUUCACUGUCUCCCCUGCCCUUGAGCCACACCUUUCUUCAUCCUGUGACACCGAAUUGGGACCCACGGCUGAUCCCAUUGAGAACUGAGACCAAGUAGAAAUCGGACAACCCCGCCUCUUCUUCUCUCGACAUUCAGGGACGACGCCCAGUCAUCCAGUUGACUUGCCCAUGAUGCCAAGAUUUCACCUGCCAGUUCCUGUGGCGGAUGGACAGACAGAUGUGUUUAUGUGUGCGUGCGUUUGCGUGCAUGGUGUGUUGGGGGGGCCAUUGUUGCUAACUGGAGCCUGACAUCAUAGGGACUGUUUUUGCCCUCCCUCUCUUGCCCAACAACUCACCCCCACUUCUGGGGAAGGGGCAGAACUUUUUGUAUAAACAAUCAUGAGCCAAUGAGUGAUGAGGAGGGGGGCAUCUCCUCGAUUUUAGGGGCCCCUGCCCAGCACUGGCUAUUGAAUGUAUAACCUUUGUGCCCCCCUCCUGGCUUCCCUUCAGCAAUCUGAUAUGUCCCUUAUAAGGACCCUCCGUGCCAAAUUGAGAGGGUUGGGUUGGGAAACGGGUUUCCAGGAAGUAGCGUCUGACCUGCUCAUGAGCCUUCUUCUGCAAUUCCCCAAACCUCAUCAGCUGCAUCUUGGAAUGUGGAACAUGGCUGCCAAUUUAAAACAAGACAACCCUUUGUGCCAAAUGGAACUGAAUAGGGCUGGUGAUCCUCCCCUUUUAACCAGCGUUAUAUACAAAAGAAAAGACCGUUGAUUCGAACCUCGGGACAGAGUUUUGUCGGCAAAACUUCAUCACCAAGUCAGACACACAGCCUUGGAAUUACCAGCGGACAAUUGGACUCCACAAGGCAGGUGGAUGAGAUUUGGUUGGGUAGGGGCCCUUUGAUCUGACACCUCUGCAACGGCAUGAUCCAGAAGUAUCGUUUUUGAGAAGAGACGCACAUUGGCUCAGCACUCAUUGGGAUGAACCAGUAUGGGAGGAUGUUGACUUGGUCACAACACCUACUUAGUGGCCAUAUAAUGGACAGCCAUGGGUUAAUUGUCUCAGGCUGGUUGGUGUGUCAUACAUGGGGGGGGGGAAAUAUCCACCGCUCAUACUUAGCAUUGACAGAGAUGGUUAGCUAUUAUUGGGAUUGGCCUUUUCCUGACCUUCCCAGUCCUACCCUGGUUGAUAUUGGGAAGUUAAUAAAGGCUACUGGGAUACAGUUGAAAUCACUGGAAGUUCCAGGGAUUUGCGGAGCCAUUGGCCAUUCAGUUGUGCCAAAAGCUCCAUGUGAAGACUGAGAUUGUAUUAGGAGUGGAACGGGGAGCUCAGAGGGGUAGGGAAACUUUUGGAGUUAUUCAUUCCACGAGCAUCUUGAGAUGAUGGCUCUGCUCACUCCCUUCUCUGCUUGUAGUGGCAAUAUUUGGAUACAUGAGGCAUCAGUGUGGGGCAAGGAUGGGGAAACUGUGGCCUUUCAGUUGUUGUUGGAUUCCAAUGGCCAUCACCCCUAGGGAGAAUAGACGAACAGUCAGGGAUCAUGGGGGUUGGAGUCCAGCAACAUCCGGAGGGUGACAGAGGUUCCUCAUCUUUUGUGUGAGGCAGUGUGUGGGUUGGUCUUGUGGAGUGGGCAGAUAUAUGCAUGAACCUGCUUUCCAGCUUGGGUGGGUGGGAUUAGAUGUCAACUUCCUCCUGAGCUCUCGCAGCAUUGAUUUCUGAAGUAAAUACUCACUGGACCACCAAUGUCAUAUUGCUGGUUUGGGUUGAGCCUACGAUAAGAGGCAGUCAGUUUUUACUCGGCAGUUUGAUACAAGCUCAUUCUGCCCUUCUAGGGGGAGGGGUUGGUUUAGGGUGCUAGCUCCUUCCUUCCUCCAUCCCUCAGAAAGAAUUUUUCUGCCCAGAUAAGAGACAGGUAUUUAAUUCUGAACUUGGGGUGCAUGUGUAUGGGAGAUAAUAAGGGGGGGGAGAAGGUGAACAGGAACUCAGAAUUACCUACAGGGAGGCAAGACAGAUGACCAGCCAGAUGCCACAGGGAGGUGCCAAAGCAAGGCAUGCUGGGAACAUCCAUUGCUGGUUUGUGGCAGAGAUGCACCAUCUUUGAACCUAGAGCUUGCACCUGCUGGCUUGCAGAGCUUGCAAGGGUAUGGAGAGAUGGCGAAGCAAAGUCAACAAAUGCACUUGACAGAGAGGAGGAGAGCCGGCAUAUUUCCAAGCGAGCUGGUGUGCUUAUGAGCAUGUGAGCUGAGAGGCAGGGAAGCAAGUAGCUGCAAACUGGCCUUUAUCCUGAAAUCAAGUCGCUUAAUUUGGCCAGCCAGGCAGAAGUGUGUCCUCUGACCUGCCGUGAACUAGCAGCUGCCACAGCUAGAUUGAGUGGCUAAGGUGGCAAUCCUAACAAUACCUGCCUGGGAGUAAGUCCCUUUUCAUUCAAGAGAGCUUACUUCUGAGCAGGCACAUAUGAGCAGGCUAGCACAUGCUUCUUUUGUCAAGCUAUCACAGUGUGGCAAGGAAGAUAAGGCCCUUCAGUUUGGCUACCAGAGCCUCUCAUUUGAGCCUCCUGCUGCCUUAGAGCAGCCAGUCCCUCCCCAAAGGCAUUUAAGGCAUUUAAGGCACUCUGCCCUCCUGAUAUGUCAUAUCAUGGAAUUGGUGACUUGGAAGGAUCAUUUAGUGAUUUUAGUCCAACCCCCGGCAGUGCAGGAAUCUUUUGCCUGACAUGGGGCAAAAGAUCCCAUGGCCCUGAGAUUAAGAGUCUCGUGCUCUAUCAACUGAGCUAUCCCAUGGCAUCCAGCAGUGUUAAAUAUGUGCUAAGAAGUCCCGUGCCCAUAGGAGUAGUUUCCUGGGAGCACAAAAGCUUGCAACUCUCUUCUCUUACCUGCUCCUGCAAACCUCCAAAAGUUGCCUUCACCCCUGGCAACACUGGCGGGGCCAAGCCACAUCACUUCUGGCCCUAAACUCACAAGCAGGGCUGUGUUGGUCCCCUGACUCUUCCCCCCCCCCCAGUCUUCACACGAUAUAUGGCCACCCUUGGUGCCUCCACCAGGAGACCUGCUUGUCCACUGUGAGAACCCCUUUGCUUAAGGCAGGGGUAGGCAACAUGGCACCCUCCCUUGAUGCUGUGGGGCUCCCAACUCUUAUCAGCCCCAGCUAUCUGUGGCCGAUGGUCAGGAAUAAGAUUGGAGUUGUAGUUCAACAGCAUCUGAAGGCUGCCAUGGCAGCUACCCGUAGAUUAAGGGACGAUGCCUCUGAGCUAAGAUUCCCCUUCCCCCAAAAUGACCUUACCGGUGGCAUCGCAUUCAUAACCUUCAAACGUUUUCAGGCAGUGCUAGGGAGAACAGGAAGCAGAAGAAUCUAGAAAACAUCCAGAUUGGAAACAUCCAGAUUGUGUCAGGCUGGCCAUCUUUGUCCUGUGUCUUGUGGGCUGGUUUUAGAUUCCUCACCUGCUGAGACUAAAAUGGCCGCUCUGACUCAGGGCAAAGGCUCUCCCACAUUACUACCAAGUUCCCUCUUUGUAUAUUCUGAGGAAAGCAGGAGACGAUGGGGGCCAGAUUUAAAAACAACAACAACAAGCACCACCGACCAGAUUACCACAUAAAGGGAGGAGAACCGUUGCCAAUUCUUCUGAUCUGCCAAAAUGAAAGAGAUGUAUAAACUAAAAAGGAAGAGUAGGCGGUGGCGGGGAAGAGGAAAUGACCUUAAAAACAAAAACCCACCACUGCACCCAACUCUCAGUCUAUGUGGAUGAGUGAUUCUUCGGGUGGGGGUUGAAAGAAAGCAAAUAGCGGGUGGGUAGAUGGAUGAAUGGAUAGGGAAU